CUAGACCGCUGCCUUUUACCUGUCUUAUCUAAUCAGAGAUAAUCCAGACUGCGAGAGAAAUUUGUGUCAUUUGUUCCCAAGAGCCGUCAGGAUGAAGACACGGUCGACCAACCUCCGCGUGAAGCUACCUGCCUUUGUCUUUGUCAUGGAGGUGGUCAUUGUUGUCUUGUACGCUGCCUUUGUCACCUACGAUGAGCAUGCAGAUGCCAGGUUUCAGAACAACCAGACUAACCCCAUGGACAACGCAGUGUACAAGGACUACCCUGUCUUUACGGACAUACAGGUCAUGAUAUUCCUCGGCUUCGGGUGCCUGUUGGCGUUUUUCCGACUGUAUGGCUUCGGAGGGAUGGUUUUCAACUUCCUCACGGCCACUUUUGCCAUCCAGUGGGCCAUCCUGGUGCAGGGGUACUUCCAGUUCAGCCACGAUGGCAAGAUACACCUCGGAGUGAUCAACCUGAUAUACGCAGAGUUUGCCUGUGCCGUGGUGUUGAUAUCUUUCGGGGCAGUGCUGGGUAAGACCAGUCCUUUGCAGCUGCUGGUCAUGGCUCUGCUGGAAGUGCCAGUGUUUGCAGCCACAGAAUGGGCCAUGCUGAAGUACAUCAAGAUUAAUGACGCGGGAGGAUCUAUUCUCAUUCACCUCUUUGCCUGUUAUUUUGGCCUGGGUGUCACCUUUGUUCUCUACAGGCCUCACCUGAACGAAGGCCAUGCCAAGGAGAACACCAGCUAUCAGUCUGACAUCCUGUCUGUGAUGGGGACCUUGUUCCUCUGGGUGUUCUGGCCCUCCUUCAACUCAGCGUUGACCCUGAAAGGAGACGACCAGCACAGAGCCAUCCUCCACACCUUCAUCGGCCUCAGCGCCUCCACGCUCACGGCCUUCGCUCUCUCUGCGAUGCUGAACAAAAAUGGUAAGAUCACCAUGACUGAUAUUCAGAACGUCACGCUGGCCGGAGGUGUGACAGUCGGAGCGACUGUGGAUAUGAUGAUAUCACCUGUAACUGCAUAUGCUCUGGGUAUACUGGGCUGCACUGCAUGCAUGCUGGGCUACAAGUACUUGAGCCCCUUCCUUGCACAGCGCUUCAGGAUCCAGGAUCAAUGUGGAAUACACAACUUGCACGGUCUAACAGGACUCAUAUCCUGUGCUGCAGGGAUAUGCGCUAUACUGGCGGCUGAUGAGGAAGUCUACGGCCCCAGUUUUUAUGAAAUCUUCACCCACAGAGCACCAGUGGAGGGCGACCCCAAACUGCAAGAGCUGCAGAUGUUGAUCCCUGGUUUGCGGCCCGGUCUGGGGAGGACUGCCCGGGAACAGGCUCUGUUCCAGGUCGCAGCUGUGUUCUCCACCAUAGGAGUGUCAGCACUGGGAGGCAUCCUCACAGGCUUCAUCUUAAAGCUGCCGCUCCUCGCUCCUCCAUCGGAUGACUUGUGCUUCGAUGAUAAGCUGUUCUUUGAUGUUCCUCCUGACUACGAUGCGCCGCUUAGACUCAAACACAAAACUAUCACUGAGGAUUCUGCUGCCUGAGUGUCAUCAAUGAAUCUGUGUAUUAUAGUGACUAUUAAUCAAAUGUUUACAUCCAUUACAUUGUACAUAAGUUGCACUAGUGAUCAUGGACAAUAAUGAUAAAAUGCAAUGACACUGUCUAAUACUGAAGAGGGUAUUUAUUGUCCUGCAUGCAAUUAUGAAAGGAAAUUGAGUGUCAUAGCUGUGAAGUCACAAGUAGCUGUGUGAAAUGAAUGGUAGGUGUUCUCUAGUGAAAACAUCCUGUUUGGGUCAUUUUUGACCCAUGUGUGUGAAAGUGAUGUAGAAACACAAAAUUUAUGUUUGUUUAUAAAGUA